AUGGCCACCACAACAACUUCACCUAUAUCUUCCCCUACGGCUUCGCCAACAGGCAGUCCCGGGAGCGGAGGAAAUGGGCCUAGUUCGCCACUUCUCUUCUUCGUCGCGCUGGGCUUCGGCGUGGUCUUUACGAAUCUAUGGAUUAUUGUCGGUGUCAAAUACUGCUUCCGAUAUAACCAAAGAAACCGACAGCGCAUGAACGGUGAAGAUCCCGAUGGGGUCGACCUGGGCGCCAUGCCUCGCCAACACCGUCGCAGGCGCGAAAAGAAGCUCAUGUCGAUGGAUGAGGUCAAUGAAAAAUUUCCCUUGAUAAAAUACAAGACGUGGCGGUCGAAUCGGGCAGACGAAGGGCUACCUACCGCCGGAGGCAUCAACAAUGCAUCAAGGCCCGCGAGCAUACACAAUCAACCCCGAGAGUCAAAGGAUGCGAAGGAAUCCACCGAACUGGCCCCGACACACACCAUUUCCACCAUUGAGGAAGAAAAGCCACAAGACCAGCACGGCACGGCCGAGGUUGUGGGUGAAAAGAGUCGAGCCGACACCCGACCAGCUACGCCAACGCGGCCCAAGUCGGCCCAGUCAACGGCAGCUGAAAGUCCCAUACAAAAAGUCACGUCGAAUUAUGAGGACGAAGAUGACGAGCAAAUUCAAACAGCAGUCCCAGCCGAGCAACUACCCGACCCCGGCGACGCCUGUGCCAUCUGUAUUGACACCAUCGAAGACGAUGAUGACAUUAGAGGGCUCCAUUGUGGACACGCAUUUCACGCUUCAUGUGUUGAUCCUUGGUUGACAUCAAGACGUGCUUGCUGUCCUCUAUGCAAGGCCGAUUACUACGUUCCAAAACCGCGGCCUGAAGGCCCCAAUGGGGAAGGCUUGAAUAGAACUGGAACCAACUCAGAAAUUCAACCACCUCCCGGGACAUUCACCCUCGCGCACAAUGGUCGAGGCGCCAGGAGACCUGCCAUGGUCAUCCCCGGCCGAUUCAUGAGCAUUGUCUACCAUGAUCGUGACCGACACGGGUUCCCUGUCGUUGUAAGAGCCGAGCGAAGGGGUCCUCAAGACCAGAAUCAGCAGAGGGAUAUGGAUCGUGACUUUCAGAGGUCGAACCCACCUCAAUCUACUAGUUGGCGGUCUCGGAUACCAGGCUUUCGUAUACUUGGCCGUGGCCGAGCUGCUGCUCCGACGCAAAUAGCUCCGGCACACUCAGAUACCCAACCUACACCUUCCCAGCUUGAAGCCGGGAGGUGA